AUGGGUAAAAGGAAGAAGUCGACAAGAACUCCAGCAAAAAAAGUGGUUCUGAAGCUGGACACGAUGUUCAAUUGUCUUUUCUGCAAUCAUGACAAGUCGGUAUCGUGUACGCUGGACAAGAAGAACAGUAUCGGGUCGCUGCAAUGCAAAAUAUGCGGGCAAAGUUUCCAAACGCGGAUCAACGGGCUCUCGCAGGCCGUGGAUGUGUACAGCGACUGGUUCGACGCCGUCGAGGAGGUCAACAGCGGACGCGGGAGCGAGAGUGAAGAUGCAGACGACGACAGUGCCAGCGAUUACGAGAGCGACUCGGAUGCGGAGGCCAGGAAGCGGGCGACCGUGGUAGAUAGCGAUGAGGAAGAGCUCGACGACGAGGACUCCAGCGGUGCGAGACGAACUGCAAGAGCAGUGGUAGAUAGCGACGAAGACGACGACGACGACGAGUGA